UUUUAUCCGAACAAAAACGUUAAGAAAAAUAAAAUAAAAAAAAACUGAAUAGAGAGUGAAAAAUAAAAAAAUGGCGCUGAUGAUACGUCGAUCUCGGCUUCUGUUCUUGUUAUUCUUUAUGUUCCUCUUCGCAUCUCGCGAGGCCAAAACCCUAGACCCCUACAAGGUUCUUGGAGUUGAUAAAAAUGCCAGUCAGCGGGAAAUUCAAAAGGCUUUUCACAGGUUAUCUCUUAAAUAUCAUCCUGAUAAAAACAAAAAUAAGGGUGCUAAUGAGAAGUUUGCUGAGAUAAACAAUGCUUAUGAAAUUCUAUCAGAUGAAGAGAAGAAGAAGAACUAUGAUCUCUAUGGUGACGAGAAGGGAAAUCCAGGAUUUGGUGGAGGGAAUUUCGGGAACAGUGGAGGCAAUUUUGGGAAUGGUGAGGGUUACACCUACUUCACCUCUGGUGGCCCUGGUGGUGGUGGUUCCUUUACCUCUGGUCCUGGUGGGUGGAAGACAAUGGGUGGCCAGGGAAAUACAAAAUCAUUUUCAUUCUCCUUCGGUGGAAAUGAUGGUGGUAGUGGGAGUCCAUUUGGUUUUGACUUUGGUGAUAUGUUCAACUUAUUUGGUGGUGGCAUGAAAGGUGGGAAUCAACAAGGUGGUUUCAGUGGCGGGAAUAAUUUUGGUGGUUUCACUGAUUCAGGCGGCACAAAAUCUGGGUUUGCUUCUUCUGGGGUUGUAAAAGAUAUUAACUCACAGUUCUUCGAUAAACACAUAAAAGAUAAAGGAUUGACGUGGCUUUUAUUGUUCUAUACACCUUCUGCAAGGGGAUAUCAUGUUCUUGAAUCUAUAGUCGAGGAUGUUGCCAACUCUUUACAGGGAGCAGUGAAGGCGGGUAAAAUAAAUUGUGUGACCGAAAAGACUCUUUGUAAAGAUAUUGGCGUAUCACCUUCAAAAUCAGCUAAUUUGUUUAUUUAUUCAUUUAAAAGUGGUGAAAGAGGGACGUUGGUGGAGUACACUGGUGAGUCUGAUGCCAGGACACUGAAGUUUUUUGUUCAGGAACAUCUACCAAGAUUUUCAAAGCGAGUGGAUCUACGUCAGUUCGAUUUUUCUUCAAGUACCAAAGAGAACCUCCCACAAGUGCUACUUCUCUCAACAAAAAAGGAUACCCCAGUAAUGUGGCGUGCACUCAGUGGCUUGUAUCACAAGCGAUUUGCUUUCUACGAUGCAGAGGUUCAUCAUGAUACUUCACAUCCCAUGUUGAAGAGGUUAGGGGUGAAAGCAUUUCCUGCCUUGGUUGGUAGGCUGGUAAACGGCGAAGAGCAUGUUUUGAAAGAAGGGAUUUCAGUAAAAGAUUUAAAAUCUGGCAUUAGCGAGUUAAGAACCUUACUCGAAGAUUUUGAAAAGAAGAAUAAGAUGGCUUCCAGUCGAGCAAAGAAGGCAUCUAAAGAGGACUCUCAGGGGAAUUCUGUUUCUUAUCUCACUGCUUCGAAUAUGGAUAAUGUAUGCGGAGAUAGAACUGCUGUGUGCAUCAUAGGCAUCUUCAGGUCAUCUAAAGUGAAGGAGAAGUUAGAAGCCACUUUAUCUGAGAUCUCUCAGAAGUCAUUAGUGAGGCGACAUAAUCUGGGCGAUGGUUCAAGAGAUUCCAUCUCUUACUGUUUGUUGGAUGCAACCAAACAUUCGUCUUUCCUAUAUUCGUUCGAUAAGUCUGGAUACAAGUAUUUGGACAAGCUUUUGGUGGCUUACAAGCCAAAGAAAAGGAAAUUUGCAGUUUAUACUGGUGAGGUAACAAUGGAGGAAGUGGAGAAGUUUGUGAGCUCGGUUCUUAGUGGGGAUGUUCGUUUUUCAAAUGUUCUGCAAAAACCAGUGCUCAGAUGAGCACUUGAGAGAGAUUAUAGUAUACAAAUAUCCGGAAAAGAGAAUUUUUUUUGUCAUUUUCUGUAUAUAAGAGUGCUUUUAAACCAAUGAAAAUUUGUAUGUAUAUCUGUGUGUACAAAUAUGUAGCUUACUUAACAGAGGAAUGAUAGGUGUUGACAAUUUAUCAGAGGCUGCUACCUACGCUGGUGAUUGUUUAAGGUGUGGUUACCUUGGAUCAGACAUUUGAAGAAUAAAACAAAUUGAGUGGAAAUAGAGUAAAUGAGAAUUAUUAUUGGUCGAUAA